UAAUACCCAAUAAGCGCAUGUUACUCCCUUCUUGAAAACAUGUCGCCGAGAAAGCUAUGUGUUCCAGGUGAAAAGCUUUGCAGCACAGAUGACUGUAUACCCGGGACAGGCACUUACUUGCGGCACGGAUACAUUUUCGCUGCCCUCGCUGGCUAUGUCUUCAGGAAAAACGAAGGCGAAGAGGUGCGUGCAAAGCUGCCUGUGAUUUCGGUUGUUAAAGAAACAGAAGCUCAGCUGCUGCCGGAUGUAGGCGCUAUUGUUACAUGCAAGGUAACUAGCAUCAACCCAAGGUUUGCAAAAGUCCACAUCCUUUAUGUUGGUUCAACGCCACUAAAAGACAGAUUCAGAGGAACAAUCAGGAAGGAGGAUGUAAGAGCAACGGAAAAGGACAAGGUAGAAAUAUACAAAAGCUUCCGGCCUGGAGAUAUCGUCCUUGCAAAAGUGAUCUCUUUGGGCGACGUCCAAUCAAACUACCUGCUGACCACAGCGGAGAACGAGCUGGGUGUGGUGGUAGCUCACAGCGAAGCAGGAGUACAGAUGAUCCCCAUCAGCUGGUGUGAGAUGCAGUGCCCCAGGACGCACGGAAAGGAGUUCCGGAAGGUGGCCAGGGUGCAGCCGGAGUUCCUGCAGGCGUGACCUGCCAGCCGCCGAUGUGGCAGCCCCCCCUCUCCUACGAUUAGCCGCUCUUCCAGGGUCACCCAACAUCUUCCAGUGUGUAGUCAAGCAGCACUAACCUGUUCACAGAAUCGCCGAUGGCGACGGCAGGAAAAGUCAGGGGUGGUUUGGUCUUCAACUGCAGAUGAUUUUGCUGCCGCUUUUGAGAACGGGAAGGAAUGUGAGGUUUCGAUCUAAAAGUGAGGAAAUAACUCAACAAAUCGAUGUUCUGUCAGUCAUUUAUGAAUAUGGUCAUUGGCCUUUGUACAUAUUUCAGAGGUUGUUUUACAAAUAUUUUACAAAAAUAAACUGGUUACUGAAAAUAAAA